GCUGGCACUGAGCAUGCCCGCGCCGCUACACUUCCACAGCGAUAAAACCUGCAUCCGUGGAGUUAUGUGGUGGGCAUUUAUAGCAAUAAACAUCGGACCGGGGUUCUGCAUCCAGCAACAUCUGGUUCCCGCUGAGGAAGGACACGGCUGCGCAUCGUGAUCAGGAACCGUCCGGGAGAUGGAAGUGGGGACUGCGGGAACCGGGGAUGACGGCAGCCCGAGCGAGGCAGCGGCCGCUGGCCCAUCUAUGCAGCUUGAAUUCGGGGACCCUGAUUCAAGCAAGAAGGCUCAAAUAACAGAGAUGCCGUCCCCAUUCGGAUCAAGCCAAGGGCAUGAGAAGAAGAUUGGCCACAGGAGGGUCGAUGCCUCUGGAGAGACGACAUACAAGAAGACAACCUCCUCUGCUUUGAAAGGUGCCAUCCAGUUGGGUAUCGGAUAUACUGUUGGCAACCUCAGCUCCAAGCCCGAGAGAGAUGUGCUCAUGCAGGACUUCUACGUGGUUGAAAGCAUCUUCUUCCCCAGCGAAGGGAGUAACCUCACACCAGCCCACCACUUCCCAGACUUCAGGUUCAAAACCUACGCCCCUGUGGCCUUCCGCUACUUCAGAGAGCUUUUUGGGAUCCGACCAGAUGAUUACCUGUAUUCUCUGUGUAAUGAGCCACUGAUUGAGCUGUCAAAUCCAGGAGCUAGUGGCUCAAUUUUCUACGUGACCCGUGAUGAUGAGUUUAUUAUCAAAACUGUGCUGCACAAAGAGGCUGAGUUUCUGCAGAAAUUGCUCCCUGGAUACUACAUGAACUUGAACCAGAACCCCCGGACUUUACUGCCAAAGUUUUUUGGCCUCUACUGUGUCCAGUGUGGAGGAAAGAACAUCAGAGUGGUUGUGAUGAACAAUAUUCUACCACGCUCCGUGCGCAUGCACCUCAAGUUCGACUUAAAGGGCUCAACAUACAAGCGGCGAGCAUCCAAGAAGGAAAGAGAGAAGUCCAAACCCACUUUUAAAGACCUGGACUUUCUGAGUGAUAUUCCUGAAGGCCUCACACUGGACCAGGACACAUACGGCGCUCUGGUCAAAACACUGCAAAGAGACUGCCUGGUUCUGGAGAGUUUUAAGAUUAUGGACUACAGUUUGCUGCUUGGGGUCCACAACAAGACCCAAGCAGAGAGAGAGCGUCAGUCUCAGGGCUCACCCGUCAAAGGAGGGGAUGAAAAAAGGCCCGCAGGGCAGAGAUCCUUGUAUUCCAGUGCCAUGGAGUCAAUACAGGGAGGCUCCACAUGCAGGGACACUCUGGAGCAGGAUGACACUAUGGGUGGGAUUCCAGCUAUGGGUGCUAAAGGGGAGCGCCUCCUGCUGUUCAUUGGAAUCAUCGACAUUCUGCAGUCCUACAGGCUUAUCAAGAAACUGGAGCAUUCCUGGAAGUCCCUCAUCCAUGAUGGAGACACCGUGUCAGUUCACAGACCGAGCUUCUACGCUGAGAGGUUCUACAAGUUCUGUAGCACAGUUGUCUUCAAGAAGAGCUGCUCACUGCGAUCGUCUCCAUCCAAGAGAGGACGAGGGGUUCUAACGUCCAAGUCCAGUGCAGGAGCCAGCUCGACGGGGCAGCGUCCUUCACUGACUGAUGAAAGGCCGGAAAACUUGGACAACUUGGAGAACCUAAGAGGAGCUCGCAGUUUCCCCAUGCUGGAGGACAAUGGGAAGGAACCGCCCUGCACCCCUCCUUCAUUUGAAGAUGCCACCACAGCAUCUAUCGCUACCACUCUGUCAUCAAACAACUCCCUACCCACCACCCCAUUCGAUACACCUGAGCACCCUCGCUACAGGAGGCAAAUGCUUUCACCAAACAUUUCCAGGUCACAAAAAGAGGUAGUUGAGGUGCACGGUGAACGCCAGGACACUAUAACAGUGGAGGUGGAGCUCAGUAAAAUCCCAAAGAGCACGGAGCUCACACAGAUGACAGAAAUCCCCACAUCCAGCCAUCCAGCAGCUGAUCCUCUGCUUCCUGUCACUGCAUCAUCCAUGUCAUCCACUCCUCCUUCUGUUAACCCCUGCUCUCAGUAUUCAUCCUCCACCCUUCCUCCUUCCUUUUUGUCCUCCUCCUCCUCCACCACCUCUCAGUGCAGCGGGCAUUCAUCCUCCGCACUUACUUCAUCAAUCCGUCCGUCCACCAAACCACUCACAUCUCCUGCUUCUGCUCAGUCUUUAAGCCUUUCUUCUCCAGUCUGUCAUUCUGCUGCACAAUCCACAGGUCCAAACAGCUCCACCCUUCCUCCUGCAUCAGCAUUCACCCCCAUCUGUCCGGCAUCCUCUCACUCCUACUCCCACAACUCCUCUCACCACCUGCCAUCGACACCCCCCUCCUCUGUCCCUCAAAGCCCCCAGGUGUGUCAGCAGUCACCACGUACGUCGUGCAAUCAGCUGUCUGUCUCCAGCAGCCACAACUCACUGGAUGGGGAGGUGCAGGUUUCCGACAUAUACUUUUAUGCAGAUGGCAGAUAUUGGGUGUACUCUCCAGUUCUUGGCCGUCGUAAACUAAACUCUAGUUCAAGUUACAAUCAGACUCAGGAGGAUCGGAGCUGGGUGUACUCUCCUCUGCACUGCAGCUCAGAGUCCAGACGGGGCUCAGAUGGGGAGAGUGAGCCAGUAGGUGUACGGUUCAUUCAUGAGUCAAAGUUAAAUCACAGAACAGACACGAGUGGACGCAUUUGCUUUGCCAGCCUCUCUAAUGUUAAUCUUCUCUUUCUCACUCUUUCUCCAGUAACUCACAGAGGAGGCAGCAUCGAUAGGUGCAGCCAGAGGUCAUCUGUGAGAUUGUAAUGAUGAAGCCACCAGGACGCUACGAAGAGUUAACGCUGAUUGGCCAAGCUGCAUGUGAGAGCUUGCUUUGCCAACAAAAACCAAAGGAGCGAACUUUUUUUUUUUUUGGAAGUAUUUACGCUGAGCCGAAGAAACAAUCAAAAAUCUUACAGUAUUAUCGUGAACAUUUUAAAGCAUCAGCUCCAGGACAAUCUUACUGAUAUCAAGUGGAGGUAUCACGCUGGCACUGUGAAUGCUUUCAGUGUUAUAAAAACGGGGCUCUCUGCAACUAACACAACAUGAUAAAUUCUAGAGUUGAUCCCAAAGUUUGCGGAUAUACCAAACCUCCACGUGUUUAUCUUCUGCCUCUUAUCCAGAAUCAGGUUGCUUCGGCUGGAGGCAGGCGAAGCAACAUAGUCCAGAUAUCACUCUCUCCAGCUCUGGCUAUGCAAUAUGGACAUACUGUACGUGGUACUUCUUUCUGUUUUUGACUCUACCCGACUUUACUACGUCAUGCUUUAUUUGUGUGUCCAUUUGUAUUUUUCACUAGAGGCAUGUCAAAGCUGUGUGUAACUUUAUUCCUAGCACUUUAUCGGUGUACCAGUGGCUGAGGUCUUUUUAUUAUAAUUAUGUGUGUUUUAUUAUCUUGUCGUCAACUGUUGAUCGAAAACACACUCAAACACAGGUGAUGCUGUGGGUGUUGUGCGUGCACGGUGUUCUCUCUUCCAGUCCACUCGUCAAACUCUGAUCUGACGAUGAAAGGUUUUGUUUAAAUUGCCUUACUGAUCUUAACUAAGGUAUAAUCGUAACCAUUGUUAAUUCAUAUUUUCUGAUAAUAUGUAACAAUUGAAAGAACACAGAAACUCUUAAAUCCAUAUACGACUGUGAGAAACUGCGUUUUGUAGCAGUUUAAACAAGAAAUCAGCCAAGCACUUACUCGUUUUCCAUAUUCAAAAAGGUCAAGAGAGAAAAAAGGUCUUUUGUAAAUUGUUGAUAAUCUGUGUGUGCUGUACCACAUGAAUCUACGUCUGUGCCCUUAUGUCUCUGUCUGUGCAUGUGUUUGCAUGCGUAUAACGUGUGACUGGGAAACGAAUAUUUUUUGUUUGUCGAAAAGUUGCUAUCGCUGUUCAAGGCCAUGAAAGUCCGAAGCAGCUGCACGCAUGCUGGCUACGCGAGAAGAGUCGAAUCGCCCGAGUCUUCAGCCACCCCGGAUUUAUCAAGAUUUACCAAAUUAAACAAAGUACGAACUGAAGCAUCCAAGAAAAGGCAAGCAGUACUAUUCUUCUUCCACACACACGGUGAUGCUUGCUGAAGCAGGUUUGACCCCCUGACUGUGUCCAUAAGCACCACUGCACCAUAUCACUGUAUUAUUUGAAGUUAACCUGCCUCGUUGUGGGCAACGGUGUUUGUAGCUGAUC